GCAUCGAGGCAGCCGUGCCGCAUCCCGUGAUGAGGUCGCGGGUGGUGGGCGCCGGGCUGUUGCUUCUGCUGCAGCUGGUGCUGGUGCUCGGAGCGGUGCGGCCCCCGGGCUGCACCGACCCUCGGCGCUGCACCGACCCUCCGCGCCGCUACACCCCGGACUGGCCGAGUCUGGACUCCCGGCCGCUGCCGGCCUGGUUCGAUGAAGCCAAAUUCGGGGUGUUCGUACACUGGGGCGUGUUCUCGGUGCCCGCCUGGGGCAGCGAGUGGUUCUGGUGGCACUGGCAGGGCGCGAAGCUGCCACAGUACGAGAACUUCAUGAAAGAGAACUACCCGCCCGAUUUCAGCUACGCCGACUUCGGGCCAAGGUUCACGGCGCACUUCUUCCAUCCCGACAGCUGGGCUGACCUCUUCAAGGCCGCCGGGGCCAAGUAUGUAGUCCUGACGACAAAGCAUCACGAAGGCUACACAAACUGGCCAAGCCCUGUGUCUUGGAACUGGAACUCUAAGGAUGUGGGGCCCCAUCGUGAUUUGGUUGGUGAGUUGGGAACAGCCAUCCGGAAGAGGGACAUACGCUAUGGACUAUAUCAUUCACUUUUAGAAUGGUUCCAUCCUCUCUACCUACGUGAUAAGGAAAAUGGCUUCAAAACACAGUCCUUCGUCCAUGCAAAAACAAUGCCAGAGCUCUAUGACCUUGUUAACAGGUAUAAACCUGACUUGAUUUGGUCUGAUGGAGAGUGGGAAUGUCCUGAUACUUACUGGAACUCUACAGGUUUUCUUGCUUGGCUCUACAAUGAUAGCCCAGUUAAGGAUGAGGUCGUAGUAAAUGACCGAUGGGGUCAGAACUGUUCCUGUCACCAUGGAGGAUACUACAACUGUAAAGAUAAAUUCCAGCCAGAGACCUUGCCACAUCACAAGUGGGAGAUGUGCACCUCCAUAGACCAGCGGUCCUGGGGCUACCGUCGAGACAUGGAGAUGGCUGACAUUGCAAGCGCAUCCACCAUCAUUUCGCAACUGGUUCAGACAGUAAGUUUGGGAGGCAACUAUCUUCUCAACAUUGGACCAACCAAAGACGGACUGAUUGUUCCCAUCUUCCAAGAAAGGCUACUUGCUGUUGGGAAGUGGCUGAGCAUCAAUGGAGAGGCUAUCUAUGCCUCCAAACCAUGGAGAGUACAGUCUGAGAACUCCUCUGUGUGGUAUACCUCUAAAGGAUUAGCUGUUUAUGCCAUUGUACUGCACUGGCCAGAAUAUGGAAUCUUAAGGCUUAUAUCCCCUAUAGCUACUUCAACCACAGAGGUAACAAUGCUGGGAAUCCAAAACGAUCUGAAGUGGUCCCUAAAUCCAGAUAAAGGUCUCCUCGUGUUCCUGCCCGAGUUACCACCCUCUGCUCUUCCAACUGAGUUUGCUUGGACCAUAAAGCUGACAGGAGUGAAGUGAUCAUUGGAGUUCAAGAAGAAAGGGACACCGCCUGCACUUUGAUUUUCCUCUUUUAUCGCCAUCUUUAUAAUAAACGACUCUUCUCUACUCCGAAAUCCCUUUUCCAACACAUUUUAAUAAAUGGAACAGAUGAUGUUA